CUGCCGGGAGCGCGCACGUCCUCGGGUUCCCGCGCAUUGCAGGCGGUGGGACCGCGUGCACGUCGGCUAUCCCCUGCGACGCGGCCGGUGGUCCGCCCGGGUCCUGAGGAACCGGACCCAUGUGGAAGCUGGUUCCCGCCGCGGGCCCUGCCCCAGGAGAACCAUACAGACUUUUGACUGGUGUUGAGUACAUUAUUGGAAGAAAAAACUGUGCCAUUUUAAUUGAAGAGGAUCAGUCAAUCAGUCGGAACCAUGCUGUGUUAACAGCUAACUUUUCUGUAACCAACCUGAGUCAAACAGAUGAAAUCCCUACAUUAACAAUAAAAGAUAAUUCUAAGUAUGGUACCUUUAUUAAUGAAGAAAAAAUGCAGAAUGGCCUUUCUCGAACUUUGAAGACAGGGGAUAGAGUUACCUUUGGAGUAUUUGAAAGUAAAUUCAGAGUAGAAUAUGAACCUUUGGUUGCAUGCUCUUCUUGUUUAGAUGUCUCUGGGAAAACUGCUUUAAAUCAAGCUAUAUUGCAACUUGGAGGACUUACUGUAAACAACUGGACAGAAGAAUGUACUCACCUUGUUAUGAUAUCAGUUAAAGUUACCAUUAAAACAAUAUGUGCACUCAUUUGUGGACGGCCAAUUGUAAAGCCAGAGUAUUUUAUUGAAUUUCUCAAAGCAGUUCAGUCCAAGAAACAGCCUCCACAAAUUGAAAGUUUUUACCCACCUAUUGAUGAACCAACUAUUGGAAGUAAAAAUAUUGAUCUAUCAGGACGACAGGAGAGAAAACAAAUCUUCAAAGGAAAAACAUUUGUAUUUUUAAGUGCCAAACAGCAUAAGAAAUUAAGUUCAGCAGUCAUUUUUGGAGGUGGAGAAGCUAGGUUGAUAACAGAAGAAAAUGAAGAAGAAGAUAGUUUCUUUUCAGCUCCUGGAAUUUGUGUUGUUGAUAUAGGAAUAACAAAUACACAGAUCUUAAUUCCUGACUCUCAGAAAAAAUGGGUCCAUUCAAUUAUGGAUAUGCUCCAAAGGCAAGGUCUUAGACCUAUUCCUGAAGCAGAAAUUGGAUUGGCAGUUAUUUUCAUGACUACAGAGAAUUACUGUGAUCCUCAGGGCCAGCCCAAUAUAGGAUUAAAGACGACAACUCCAGGACCCAGCCUUUCACAAGGUUUAUCAGUCAAUAAAAAACUAAUGCCAAGGGCUUCCAUGAAUACUACAACAUGUGUAGCUGACACAGAAUCAGAACAAACAGAUACAUGUAUGUUUUUGAGUGAAAAUUCAAAAGAAAUAAGUAUCUCCAGGAUGGAACAAAAAGAAACUGUACAGGAACCCUCCAAAACAAGCUUCAGUAAUAACAACAUAGUAUCAAAUACUUUGGUUAGGACAAAAGUUCCAAACUAUCAGCUUUCACCAACCAAAUUCCCAGGUGUAAAUAAAAGUAGAGAUCAGUCUUCUCAACAGCAGCAGACAAACUCCAUCAAAAACUACUUUCAACCAUCUGCCAAAAAAAGGGAAAGGGAUGAAGAAAAUCAAGAAAUGUCUUCAUCCAAAUCAGCAAGAAUAGAAAUGUCUUGUUCUCUUUUAGAACAAACACAACCUGCUACACACUCACUAUGGAAAAAUAAGGCAGAAAAUCUAUCUCAGAAUGAACCUGUGGACCAAAAAUCAAAUAACUUAUUUAUAGAUGAUGAAGAUUUAGAAUCCAGUGUGAAAAAUUCUUCUGAUAAAUCUCUUUCUUCAGAAAACCUUAGAUCAAUAAAAAGAAAAGAAAUAGAUGAUUUGUCCAUAGAAGAUGAAAUAUCAAAAGAGUUAUUCAAGAAUAUGAAACCUGAGUUAGAAAUUGAAGUGAAAGUUCAAAAACAAGAGGAAGAGUUCAAUAUAAGAAAGAAGCCAAGGAUGGAAAUAGAAACAAAUAUUAAUCCUAAUAAUGAAACAAUACCAGAAAGUAGCAAAAUAUCUCAAGAAAAUGAAAUUGGGAAGAAACAUGAGCUCAACAAAGAAUCACUGUGGUCAACUAAAGAAGAGAACAGUGAUGACUUUCAGGACAAAAGUGAGAUGCUUCCAAGAAAGGUGUUACUGACUGAAUUUAGAUCACUGGUGGUUAAUAACUCCACUUGCAGAAAUCCAUGUGUGGUAAAUAAUGAUUAUGGUCAAAUAAAGAAUUUCAAGAAAUUCAAAAAGGUCACAUUUCCUGGAGCAGGAAAGCUUCCACAUAUCAUUGGAGGAUCAGAUCUGAUAGCUCACCAUGCUCGAAAGAAUACAGAAUUAGAAGAUUGGCUGAGGCAGGAAAUGGAGGUACAACAAAAACAUGCAAAAGAAGAAUCUAUGGCUGAUGAUCUCUUUAGGUACAAUCCUAAUGUAAAAAGGAGAAGAUAACUGAGAAUCUGAAAAGGACACUAUGGACACACUUUUCCUAACAAUCAUUUGCGUCCAUACUAACAGAGAUAUAUGAAAUAGUGUAUAGCAGAGAUUUCAAUCACAAGUACUCCAUGUCCUAAAUUUAUUAAAGUGCCCAGAACUCCA